AUGGCUUCCGACUCGGACCGGGAACCACUGAUCAAUGACAAUCCAAAACUCCAGUCAUAUUACUACUCACUAGAAUCGAGAAUUGGAUACCGGUUACUUCUUGGUGGCACUCGUCAUUUUGGUUACUAUGAUCAGGAUACAUGGUGGCCGUUCCCCGUCAGUGGAGGGCUGCGCCGCAUGGAAGAUAAGCUAGCCGAGUCGCUAAACCUCUCUUCGGGGGCUUACGUUCUCGAUGCUGGCUGCGGUGUCGGCCAUGUGGCUCUGAAUCUCGCCCAAAAGUAUGGUUAUCGCAUCCAAGGUAUCGACGUUAUAGACCAUCAUGUCACGAAGGCCAAGCGCAACGUUGCCCGUUCCGGUUUGCCAGACGGUCAAGUCCAGGUCAAGAGAGGAGACUAUCAUCAUCUGGAAGACUUCCAUAAUGACUUGUUCGAUGGUGUUUACACCAUGGAGACGUUUGUCCAUUCCACAGAUCCCAAACUGGUCCUCGCCAACUUCUUCAGCAUACUUCGUCCUGGAGGCCGCAUUGCCUCCUUCGAAUACGACCACACAUUACCAGAAGAUUCAACCGAUAAAAGAGUGGACUCAAUGCGCAUGAUCAACGAUUUCGCGGCCAUGCCCACCAAUGCUGUAUCUCAUCCCGGCGUGUUUCAGGCAAUGUUUGAGGAUGCUGGAUUUACAGAUGUUGUUGUCCGAGACUUUUCUGAGAACAUCAGGCCAAUGACCAGGCUGUUCUUUGUCAUCGCUUACAUUCCGUACCUCAUCAUCACUUUCCUUCACCUUGAGCGGUAUUUCAUCAACACCGUGGCCGGCGUGCAAUCCUAUCAGGGUCAUGGGCAGUGGCGAUAUGUUGCAAUCUCAGCGACUAAGCCAGGUGGCGUUCUUGAAGCUGCUAAGACUCGAUAG